GUCUAGUUCUUCAAGCAUUCUCAUCGAUUUGAAGACAUCAAAAGUGUUAAAUAUAUAGUUUGCAUUUCAAUUUGAGAACGAUAAGAUCAUCAUCCAAUCAUCAUGCAACUUAUUGCUUACUCUUGUGCUCUGUUCUCGGCAAUGACAACCUUGAUCUUGUCCAUAUACUCAUUAAGAGCUCCUAAUUGGAUUCGAUUCGAUACUCCUGAGUCUUCGCCUUUUCAAUACAGUUCAACUUAUGGCCUUCGACAGAAAUGUGAUCGAUCGAACCUUCAUCCUGAAUUCCAAUGUAGAGCUUUCCCUGAUCGUCAAAGGGAUUGUACUUCGAGUAAAGAUUUAGUCAGAAUGGAAUCUACCUGGUGGAAAGAAAUGGGACAAAAUCUGAAUAGGAGUCAAUCUUCAAACUCAGGUCAUCAUGUUCCUAAGAUGGUACCAGUGGGAAGUGGUUUAGUAGAUAAUGGAUUCGAGACAACUACCUCUUCAAAUCUACCUAGUAUUCAAAAAGAUUCAGACCGAGAUGAAAAUUUUGGGUUUUGUGAAAAAUGGAAUACGGCAGCUUAUACUGCAGAGUUUAGUAUUGUGAUUGGAGUGAUCUCAAUGUUUUGCAUCUUUAUUGUCAUUCUUGGGAACGAUCAUCGUAAACAGCAUGGUUGGAAGGUUUGUGGUGGUUUGAUUGCCGUGCAUGGCUUGCUGCAAACUAUCACCUGGGUGCUUAUCCUUAACGUCUUCAACACUGAUAAUCGAUUCUACUAUGGUUCUAAACUGUCGACAAGCUCUUACAUCGCCAUCAGUGCCAGUGUGAUUGAUAUUCUUGCUUUCACUGGUCUCUUUGCCGUAGGAUUCACCUUCAAUGAAGACCCACGUGAAGACUAUGAAGCAAUCGAUGAUUAAAGCACAAUCAUCUUUUCAACUGUCUUGCUCAUCUUUGAUUUACUCGCCCAUCAAUCAUAGACCUGGAUCUCAAGAUCGUUACAAAGAAUGUUUGAAAUUGUGUACAGAGUAGCAAGAUCACCUUUCAAAACUAGUUUAAAAUACUCUUGAUUGUUUAACACUUCAUGUGCUACGUACUAUUUUCUAAAACAGUUUAUCUUCCACUUUCUACAAUUACUUAGACAUUUUUUCAAAAGUCGACGUUUUCAAUUUGAGUUGUAACCUUUUUCGUUAUUUGAAGUUUUCAUUUCGCAUGCCGUACUCGUGUAAGAUGUUGUAAUCUACAUUUCUCUGCUUUUUGUGACUGAUUUUUCUAUUGCCAAUGUAUGACGUCAAUAACGGGUACAUACACUCUUC